AUGAUGAUGCCGGCACACUGCCCUAAGGAUGCAGGAUUUGCUUUUGUCACAGAAUGCGGAAACCACUACAUCGAUCUUGGAACGUUUAACGACAAUGUAGAUCGUGAACCGUUUGUAAUUACGGUGCACAAAAGUAAGGUGGACGAACCUCUUGUAUACACCGUUGCUGCAUUGAGUCAGAUAUCCACUGGUUACCAGUGGAUGUGCGUGGGAAUUUUCAACGAUGACGAACACAGGGAGGUUAAAGGACGGCAUCAAAAAUACUUCGACGAUAUCCUGACCAAAGAGUUCAUGGAGCAUUCCAUGAUGUACAGACAGUGCGUCCAUGGAAUACAGAUGGAUCCUUUCGUAGAGCAGAAUGUCAAGAGAACUCCUGUUGAUGCCGCCAUGUCAGAAGGCGACAAGGGUGUUUCUACGUCCAAAACAUCUGUAGGACAGCCAGAAAAUUCGAAGGCAAUUCUAACCAUAACACCAACAAUCACGGAGGGCAAAUAUCAUAUAGUGUUCGCUUACGGAUCGCCGUUCCGUGGCCCCAAGAUGGUUUGCUUCAAGGAGGUGAUCGUGAAGGUGGUCCCGUAA